AUCCGCGAUUACCCCUAUAUAUAUUUUUUUGACAAUGAACCUAAUUCCCCUAGGCUCCUACAACAAUCACUCCCACGCCUCCAAGCAGUAGCGUUCCUAGGACACAUCUCAUUUCUCCUAGGCUUGCUGUUAUUAUGCUUCCUGCUCUUAGACGUACCUGCUUCUGCUAGGUGUGCCAGUUACUUGGCUUGCCUGCCCCUAGGUGUGCCAGCUACUUGGCUUGCCUGCCCCUAGGCGUGCCAACUACUAGGCUUGCCUACCCCCAGGCGUGCCAGCUAAGAGGCUUGCCUGCCCCCUUGCCGUGCCGUGUCUAGAUGGCCGAGGAGCAGACGGAUUGGCUAGCGUGUGGAAGACGAAGGUGUCGUGCUCAGCGUGUGGCUGAGGUGGUAGCAGCCAGGGAAGAGCAGUACCAAGCCAACCUCCACCUAAGGCGGUGCAGACUGCGGGUGUUGCUGCAGGAGGAAGCCGAGAGGCAGCAGCAGGAGCUGAGGACGAGGGCUCGUCUCCUGCACGAGCAACAGCAUGCGGCACGCGUGGAGGCUGCGGCUGCGGCACUGGACCAGCAGGAACAGCAAAGACUGCAGCUCGUCCAGCUGGCUGACGAACACCGCCGCAGGCUGCAGUGUCAUGAAUACAGAGAAGCCUAUCGGAAGAGAUCAGCGGCCUAUGAAGAGUCUCGUGCCAUCGAGGUAACAUUGAGGAACCAAAAGCCGAAGCAGUACGGUGUUCCUCUUCCCCCGGGAAAGAAGCCUUAG